GAGGUCGAUGGGGAAACCGGAAAGCAUCAUGCAAAGUUCCCGUAGAAGAAUAAGACUCAUCUGAAAGAUUGCUCCCCAGAAUGACAAACUGAAUUAUUCAUGUUCCUGGAUCCCCCUUGUACAAUGGACGUGAAACAUCAGUAUCAUAUGGAACAUCAAAGAUUCAAGACAUAUCCCUUUACUCUGGAAGUUGUCAAACAAAUGUGCUGGUGCUUUAAAGUUUCCUUUAAAGUUGUACGAAAUUUGGCGGGCCGUUGUUUUAGGGAACUUUUGUUUUGUGCAUACGGUAUGUGUCUGGUCUGUUGCUGUUCCAACAAUGGAUACUAUGCGGACGAUGAUGCAGAAAAAAAUGAAGGAGGCCAGGUGAAGGAGGAAUUCUACAGGAACGUGAGCAGAGAGAAGGCCGAAUACCUACUCCAGAAUCGCCAAGACGGCACCUUCAUCAUAAGGCCUUCGAACGGCUCUGAAGUGGAAGCCUUGUCCGUGGUGCAGGACGGCAAAGUUUACCACCUGAACAUCAGGAGGAGGGACGACAAUUUGAUCGCUCUGGGGAGCGAAAAAAUUAAUGAGAAAACUUUCGAGGGUCUCGAUAAUCUCAUUAAUUACUAUAUAAGUAAUUAUCUGGUUUUGUAUUCGGAGGAGCGGCGAACUUUGACUCUGUUAUUGCCUUAUAGGGGAAAAAUAAACGGAUGA